AUGCACAAGUUGGUCACUUCCUUGUUAGUGCGUAGCUGUGCAGUUGUUCUUACUCCACGUUCUACACCGUUGCAAGUAGCUGCUGGGAGCGGUUUAUUUUCCAGUGUAUUUCGCCGAACGAAGUACGGUCGACUCGCCAUGCCCGAAGCAGCCGCGUCCGAAACCCGCCGGUUCACCUAUCCGGAGGCACGCCGUGAUGAUACCGUGGCAGAAGAGUUCCACGGUGUGAAGAUUGCCGAUCCGUACCGCUGGCUGGAGGAUCCGGAUGCGGCCGAAACACAGGCAUACGUAGAGAAGCAGAAUGAAAUCUCCAAACCGUUCCUGGAUACGUGCCCCGAAUGGAAGAAGUUGAAUGAAAAGCUGCGAAAGCGCUGGAAUUAUCCGAAGUACUCGUGCCCGUUCAAGCACGGCAAUAAGUAUUUCUUCUUCAUGAACACCGGUUUGCAGAACCAGGAUGUUCUGUACGUGCAGGAUAAGCUUGACGGUGAACCGAAAGUGUUUCUAGACCCGAACACACUUUCGACCGAUGGAACCAUCGCGCUCGUUGGAUCACGAUUUUCCGACGAUGGCAAGCUGUACGCGUACGGCUUGAGCCAGAGUGGUUCCGACUGGACAAAACUCAAGAUCCGUAACGUCGAGACGGGUGAAGAUUUUCCGGAAACGAUUGAACAUACCAAGUUCGUUACUGCUUCCUGGACGAAGGACAAUAAAGGGUUCUUUUAUGCGCGCUAUCCGGUAGUGGAUGGAAAGGCGGACGGUUCCGAAACGGCCGCGAAUGAGAAUCAAAAGCUGUACUACCAUCGGGUCGGUGAGUCGCAAGAUAAGGACGUGCUGAUUGCGGAGUUCCCGGAGGAACCAUCAUGGAGAUUAAUGCCAGAAGUGUCCGAUUGCGGUAAAUAUUUGAUGCUGUUCAUUAUGAAAGGCUGCAAAGAUAUGCUGCUCUACUUUAGCAAUUUGGAAAAGGCCGGAACUCUCGAUUCGAAACUAGAGUUCGUGAAGGUGGUCACAGAGUUCGAUAGCGACUAUGAUUACGUUACCAACGAAGGUAACAUAUUUUCGUUCCGGACUAACAAGGGCGCUCCAAACUAUCGCAUCGUGAACAUCGAUUUCGAACAGCCUGAGAUGGAGCAUUGGAAAACGCUAGUACCGGAGCAUUCUAAAAAUGUGCUCGAUUGGACGACGUGCGUCAACAAGGACCGGAUCGUGCUCGGGUACAUUGAUGAUGUGAAAUCGAUGCUGGUGGUGCACAGUCUCGCGGAUGGUAGUUUCGUGUCGAAGUUCCCGCUAGAAAUUGGUACCGUGGCUGGGUUCAGUGGCAAGAAGAAAUAUUCGGAGAUAUUCUACCACUUCGUAUCGUUCCUAACGCCGGGCAUUAUUUACCAUUACGAUUUCGAGGGCAAACAGGAGGACGGUUCAGCGAUGAAACCGACCGUCUUCCGUGAGGUGAAGAUUGAAGACUUCGACAACAGCCAGUACGCGGUGGAACAGAUCUUCUAUCACAGCAAGGACGGCGAAAAGGUGCCAAUGUUUAUCGUGCAGCGGAAGCAGGAGAAGAAGGAACAUAAACCGUGCCUGCUGUAUGGAUACGGUGGGUUUAACAUUUGUGUGCAGCCAUCCUUUAGUAUCACGGGGCUGGUGUUUAUCGAUUCGUUUGAUGGUAUUUUGGCGUACCCGAACAUUCGCGGUGGCGGUGAAUAUGGUGAACGAUGGCAUAAUGCUGGCCGAUUGCUGAAGAAGCAGAAUGUUUUCGAUGAUUUCCAACAUGCCUCACAGUAUCUGGUGGAGCACGGUUACACAACCCAUGAUAAGAUCGCCAUACAGGGUGGUUCUAAUGGAGGGCUGCUUGUGGGGGCAUGCAUAAACCAACGUCCGGAUCUGUUCGGAGCAGCCAUUGCGCAAGUGGGCGUGAUGGAUAUGCUUCGCUUCCACAAAUUCACCAUCGGACGUGCCUGGGUGUCGGAUUACGGUGACAUGAACGAGAAGGAGCAUUUCGAGAAUUUGCUACACUACUCGCCAUUGCACAACGUGCGCACACCCACAUCGGAAAAGGACCAGUAUCCGGCUACACUGGUGCUGACGGCUGACCAUGACGAUCGCGUCAGUCCGCUGCAUUCGCUCAAGUUCGUUGCCGCACUGCACCAUGCCAUUAAAGAUAGUGAACACCAAAAAAACCCAUUACUACUGCGCGUCUACAGCAAAGCCGGUCACGGUAUGGGCAAACCGACGGCCAAGAAGAUCGAGGAGGCGACCGAUAUCCUUACGUUUAUGUACAAGACACUUGGGCUAAAGCUUUCGUUUUAA